AUGUUCGCUCGCACCAGUCAGCUGGGAGGAGAGGAGUGUGCUGGCAAGUUGGCGAGAAGAGACGAGGAACAACGAGUUGCACCAGCACGUGAGCGCGCCUUUGACUUGGAACAUGGACACGAACGACACGACUCCCACGCGACUUUCGUCGGCAUCGUGGGUUUGGCGUGGACGACCUCAAAUGGAUUACUCGAUUGGGAAGUCCGAAAGACCUUCAACAGCACACGAGGUAGGAAGCACUUUGCCCCUCCUGCUGAUAGCUUCUCCACAACAACCACCGCCCGCAAGAAAAAGGGUACGUAUAAACAGGUGGUCUGGUCUGGCUUGCAGUAA